UUUGGAACAAAAAAGUUUCUUUAAAACGAUUUAUAUUAAAAAACGGAGGGAGUAAAAUAUAUAUAUUCUUACCUUUUAUAAUUAUUUAAAUUUAAGAAAAUUAAAAUUUCGAAUUUUAAAAGAAUUUAAGUAAAAUUAAACUUAUAAAACCCAAAAAAUUCAAACCUUGAGAAAUUUUAAAACUUAUAAAAAUUCAAGUAAUUUGAAUUUUUAACUAAACUUAUAACUACAUCCACUUUGAAAUUUUUUAUUUUCUUAAAUUUUAGACAAUUUAUAAAUAUUCAAAUUUAUAAAUUAUUUGAAUAUUUAUAAAUUAUUUGAAUAUUUUUAGUUUGAGAAAGUUUGAGAUUUAUUACUUGAACAUGUAAUACUUUUUUUAAAAAAAUUACGUUUAAAAAUCAUUUUUCUGACUUAUUUCAGUUUCUGAUUUUAUUUAUUUUUUGCUAAAAACUGAGACUCCUCAAUUUUAACUUAUAAAUGAAUAGUUUGGUCACAUCCUUAACUUGAUGAACAUGUAAACUAAAUACGUUAGAAGUUUGAAAUGUAAUUAAAUACCAUUUUGAGGAUUUUUAUGCAAUUUUCUCGUUAAUUUUCUGGCAUCACUUUUUUUUCUUGGCACAAAUGUUAUGAUGCUUGCUUUGAGCUUUUUUUUUUUUUUUGACAAAAGACUUAAUUUGCUUUUAUGUGUUUAGAGUAUUUUCAACAACAUUCCAUUUUAAAGGUGGUUGAUAGAGUUUAACAGUGAAUUGUUCUAAUGACAAUUUUAAAAAAUAUUUUCAUUUUCAUUUUGUAUUUUUCAUCUUAAAAUAUGAUUUCAUAAACGGUUGUUCAUCUGAUUUCAUACUACAAAGAUAUGUAUCUAUAAACAUACAUAUAUGCUCUAAAAUAUUUUUUAAAAAUGUAUUUUUUGAAUUUUAAAUUGGCUGUGCAGCAAAAGAAGUUGAAUUGGGAAACGAAAGUUAUGAUUACGAAAUGUCAAAUCACUAACGAUACGACUUGCUAAUAAUGAAUUGAGCUGCUCGAUAAAGAGCAUGCAAGAGUUCAUUAAACAAAAACUUAUCUGCUUAAAGCAGAAAGACGGAACAUCAGAGCAACCAAAAACAAAAAUAAGAUGGACGUUGAUGAAGAUACGAAGAGAAUCGAGGAAGAGCUGAAUGAAACUAUGGUAGAGAUAGAAAAGCUGAAGAAAGAAUUGAAAGAAGAAAUGAAGGAAAUUAGGGAAGAGAUAGAAAAGCUGAAGAAAGAAUUGAAAGAAGAACUGAAGGAAACUAGGGAAGAGAUAGAAAAACUGAAGAAAGAAUUGAAAGAACGGAAAGAAGAUCUCGAGAAGAAGAUUGAAGAAAAGCUGAAGAAAAUAAGGAAGGAGCAUAAUGAAGAGCUAAAGAAUGUAAUCACUGAGAAGAACGAAAUGGUGAGGAUAGUGAUGAAGGACAAUGAUAAAAAACUUGAGGAGAAGCGUUGUGAGCUAGAAGAGUUAGAGGAUACAAACUCGACACUCAUCAUAAAAGAACGUCAAAGCACUGGAGAGAUACAAGAAGCAUUCACAGAAUUAAUUAGGGGAUUGAGAGAUUUAUCGUGUGAAGGAUCUUUGAUCAGAGUAAAGAGGAUGGGACAAGUUGAUGAAAAACUUUUUAUGAAAGUAUGCAAACAGAAAUUCAUUGACGAAAACGUUGAGGUGGAAUACGCCAUGCUUUGCUCAAAAUGGCAGAAUGCCCUCAACGACUCAGCAUGGCACCCAUUUAAACGAGUGGGGACUGGAGAAAAUAUGAAGGAAGUUGUGGAUGAUGAAGACGAGAAACUUAAGAGUUUGAGAGAAGAGUGGGGAGAAGAUGUGAAGAACGCGGUGAAGACAGCUCUCGAGGAGAUGAACGAGUUCAACCCAAGUGGCAGGUAUUCAGUUCCUGUACUGUGGAAUUUUGAACAUGGGAGAAAAGCCACACUCAAAGAAGGUAUUGCUCACAUGACUCAGCAGAUCAAAAAUCUCAAACGUAAACGAACCUAAAAGGUAUGUGCCAUAGCUUUUCAAAUUAAUCUAAUUAACCUAGGUUUAAGGCUAUACACAUUAAUAUAUGAAUGCGUCAGUUUCAUUCUAUGUUUUUAGCUUUGCAUAAAAUGGUUUUGUAAAAAUAUAAACUAAAUGAUGAUACUAAGCGCUCGUGUUCUUGUGUUACAGGGAGCAGGAUGAUCAAUGAUGGAUGUAAGAUUGGUUAUUAACUAUUUUUUGUAACUGAUAAGUAAGCAGCUAUGUGUUGUUUUUUUAAAGGCUUGUUAUUUGCUUCUCGGUAUUUCUCAUUUUGCAUUUUAAGCAAUCUAAACCCCUGGAAUGUACUCUUUUGAAACUUUGCUACAUUCCUACUACUAUUAACUGUUUUCUUAUC